GUCAAUCUUGUCAUUUUCGUUUAUCAAAACAAAAAAGAUCGUGUAGUAUUAAAAAAAUGAAUUUUCUAAGAUAAUUUAAAAAACUUAAAUUAUGCAAUUAGAAAUUACUAGUUAGUUUGUAGGGACUCGUUAGUCUCUAUUCUAAACAAAUAAUGGUUGUGUUGGAUGGGGAAAACGGCAGGGAUUUCUUCAGCUGGCUUGUUCAUGUGAAACUUUCCCGCAUCGUUCUAUUAGUUUUCAUCAUUCUACUCUUCACUCCUUUAAUUACGCACUUUUACUUAUCCAAAGUCGAGAAAAAUUCGUAUUUCAUCGAACAUGGAGCUCACUCGCACGAAGAUCUCCCGGAAGACGGAUACAGCUUUAACAAGGAAGAUCUCAGAAAAGGAGUGGAAGAAUUGCUUAGGAUAAGGGGCUCAGUAUUAAGCGAAUUGAGGGACAUCGAGAAGAAAAGGCAGCAGUACAAGUCUGAAAUACAAAGUUACAUGAGACAAUUAGACGAGACAAAACAAGAAUUAGCGCACCAACAAACUAACUUGAAUAGAUUGAAGAUUUCAGUAGAGCAGGCACAAGUAGCACAAAGGGAAGCUUUGCAGCAAAACACACCGGAUUUAGCUCUACCUAAGAGGCUCACUGUAGACGAAUUACCAAUAGUUUUACCGGAAAUAUCAAAAUCUUCCUCCAGAAAAUGCAGAAUGCAUAAUUGUUUCGACCACUCCAGGUGUUCGUUAACAUCCGGAUUUCCAGUAUAUUUAUACGAUCCCGAUCAAUACCCGGUAAUGAACGACGGUUGGGAUGUAGAUGGUUUUCUUAAAACUACUUUAAAGCAAACUCUAGGCUACAAUCCUCAUUUAACUAAUGACCCUAAACAGGCAUGCAUAUACCUUGUAUUAGUAGGAGAAGCACUGAAAGAUACAGAUGAUGUUACUGAGAACGUUAAUAAUCACCUUAAUUUACCAGCAUUGGACUCCGAAGCUUUAAAAAGACUGCCGUAUUGGGGAGGGGAUGGCAGAAAUCACGUUUUAUUGAAUUUGGCUCGAAGAGACCUAUCGUCCUUAUCAGGAGAUAUGUUUUCAAACAUCGAUACAGGACGUUCGAUAUUGGUACAGUCGACUUUCAAUUUUGAUCUCUAUCGACAAGACUUCGAUUUGAUCAUAUCACCGGUUCUCGGCCCACCGGGAGGCGACGUUUGGCAAGAAUGCAAUCCGAUGUUGCCAGCUCGACGGCACUAUUUACUGACUUUCCAAGGCGAAAUGAAGAAACCCAAAACCGCCUCCUACAAUCCCAGAAACGACGACUCGGAAGAUAACACUGAACUCAAUAGGUUUAUACUGCAUCAUUUAAACGAGCUGUCAAAAACGACCACUUCAGAUAAGUUCUUCUUCGAAUUCGAAUGCAAUCCAGCCAGCGAUAACAACUUGAACACAGUCAUUCAAGAUUGGGCCUUGUGCGGUACGGACAGCAGCAGAAGAGCUCUAUUAAAAGACUCCACUUUCGUGCUAAUCUUUGCGCCAGGUCAACAAGAUUUAAUAUCCACUACGCUACUACAAGCCCGAGUGUACGAGGCUCUACGAUCAGGAUCUAUCCCGGUAAUACUAGGCGGCGAUCAAAUCAAACUGGCCUAUUACGAAGUCAUACAAUGGAGACGAGCAGCCAUAUUCUUGCCCCGUCAUCGCAUUACCGAGCUACACUUUUUGCUGCGGGCCAUUCCGGACGAGGACGUCCUGCUGAUGCGAAGGCAGGGCCGGCUCAUUUGGGAGAAAUACCUGGCGUCCGUUCAAAGCACCCUAGAUACUAUAGUAGCAGUUUUGAGAGAUCGAUUGAACAUACCGGCGACGCCGGCGGAAACCGUCGCGGCGGUGAGCGUGUUCAACGAGACAUUCCAACCCAUUCAAGUGACGGUGGCCAGUGAAGUGGAGCAAGAAGAAAGCCUGGGGCCUCUGGAGCCUCCGUUCGACAGCCCGGCCUUCCGCCGGAACUACAGCCUGGCUCUGGUGCAGGGCACGGAGCUCUGGAACGACUGGGGGGAUCCGUUUCGGUUGUAUCCUACUCUUCCGGUGGAUCCGUUUCUAUCAUCGGACGCCAAAUUCAUCGGAUCCGGUAGGGGCUUCAGGCCGAUCGGACAAGGCCAAGGCGGUUCGGGUAAGGAAUUUUCCGAGGCGUUGGGAGGAAACUAUCCCAGAGAGCAGUUCACGGUGCUGAUUCUUACGUACGAAAGAGAACAAGUACUGCUCGAUUCGAUAGCUCGGUUGAGAGGGCUUCCGUACUUGAAUUCUGUGGUGGUUAUCUGGAAUUCUCCCAGGCCUCCGAGCGCGGAGCUACGAUGGCCCAGCAUAGGAGUGCCCGUCCACGUGGUGAAGGCCGCGCGAAAUUCUCUAAACAACCGAUUUCUGCCGUUGGACAAUUUAAAGACUGAAGCCAUUUUGUCGGUGGACGACGACGCGCACCUGCGGCACGACGAAAUUUUAUUCGGAUUUAGAGUUUGGAGGGAACACAGAGAUCGAAUAGUUGGAUUUCCCGGCAGGUACCACGCUUGGGAUAUCAACACGAAGACCAGCUGGUUGUACAACUCGAACUACAGCUGCGAGCUGAGCAUGGUGCUGACGGGGGCCGCGUUCAUCCAUCGGCAUUACCUGCACUUGUAUUGGAAGUGGCUGCCGCAAGCUAUCAGAGACAAGGUGGACGAGUACAUGAAUUGCGAGGAUAUCGCCAUGAAUUUCCUGGUCAGCCACGUCACCAGGAAGCCGCCGGUGAAGGUGACGUCGAGAUGGACGUUUCGAUGUCCGGGUUGUCCGCAGAGCUUGUCGGAGGACGAUACUCACUUCCAGGAAAGGCACAAGUGCAUUAAUUUUUUUACUCAGGUAUUUGGAUAUACACCGUUAUUAAAUACGCAAUAUAGGGCAGAUUCGAUUCUAUUCAAAACUAGGAUACCACACGAUAAGCAGAAGUGUUUUAAAUUUAUUUAGGAUAUAAAAAACCGCAAUGGAUGUACAAGUACUUUUUAUCAUGUAAUUAUUUGUAAUUUUGACGUUUUAAUUUAUUUUUUAUACAUUUUAGGAAUGUACUUUAUUGUGAUAUUAGAUUUUUUACUGUUUUAUUGUGCCAUUUUUGUAGGGAGAUAAUCGAACUGUAAAUAAAAUUGUUAACUAAUUUAAGUUUAAUUCACUGUUAAGUCUCUUUUACAUGUAUAUCCUUCAUAACCAUUAAGGUAUUACUAGUAUUCACGAGCCAAUGAAACGUAUAAAUCUCUAUUAAAAAUUCAUAAACAUUUUAUUAAAAAUCAACAAAUUCUAUCACAAAUUAUUCUCAACAGGUCUAAAAAAAUUAUUCUUUACCACGUACCGAACGCAUUGCAACAAAAUGUUGCGCUCUUGCCUGAUUUCACUUUCCAAUAAUUUUUCCAGAAGCGUAACCUUCCUUCGUUUAAAAGCGUAAGGCAAGUCACUUUUACCCGUAGGAUUUUUCUGAACCGCGUUCCUUCUGUUAUUUUUGAAUCUAUCAGGUUUAGUUCGUCUCUUCUCCGGUCGAUGUCGUUUCCUCGUCUUUGUGGAUGGCGCAAUUUUAUUAUCUAAUGGUUCUUCUACAACUAUCGCAGUUUCAGGUACGUUCGUUUUCUCUAUUUUUACUUCGGUAGGAGGUUCAUCAUCACUAUUCGUACUAACAAUAUUUACAGUAGUUUCUACAUUAGGUUUACUCUCGAUAACAAUUUUCUUCUCUUCGAGUUUUUGGUCUCCAACUUCACCAUCGCUGCAUUCUUCGUCGCUCAUAUAAGCCCCCAUUAGAGCGCCCAAAGCGUUGUUUAGCCCGACUUGCACGGGUUUCACGGCGGGUUGCCAUUCAUCGUCUUCGAAGUCGCUCUCACGGUUAUCACCAGCGUCUAUUUCCAACAUCGAGGUUCCUCUAAACGGAAAAACGGCCCCAUUCCAAUCGAGUUUCUCGUUUAUUAACGACACCGGUUUCUUCUCGACGAUGAAAGGCCUUUUGGGCCUCUGCUGCUUCGGAGGCGGUACUUUCGUAUUGGC